UGCAGAGCAAAUUGCCUGGAAAAUAUGGAUGGAGUAUCCAUUGAUGAUCAAUUCUCAAAGCUGCAUCCUUGCUUUCCUCCACAUACAAGGAUUGCAGUAGUUGGAGGUGGCCCCAGUGGGCUUUCGGCUGCUUAUGCACUGUGUAAGCUGGGUUACAGUAAUGUAACAGUACUUGAGAAACAUCACUCCCCUGGUGGCAUGUGUGAAUCACUUGAAAUUCAAGGAAGGAUCUAUGAUUUGGGAGGUCAAGUUCUUGCAGCAAACAGUGCUCCUUCUAUAUUUCAUUUGGCUGGCGAGGUUGGUGUAGAAACAGAGGAAAUGGACACCCAUAAAUUUGCACUUAUUGACAGUUCAUGUGGAGCUCUCAAGGAAAUGAAUUUGGUAGAAGAUUAUGUAUCUGUGAUAUCUCUUACACUGAAACUCCAGGAUAGGGCUAAGGAAUCUGGUCGAAUUGGAGUACAUGCUGUGAGUGAAAUUGCUCCAGAGUUGGCACCGGAAUAUCUGAAGACUGAAGGCUUUCCGUCAGUUCCUAAAUCAGUAAUAUAUGGAUACACAGCAUCAGGAUAUGGAUAUGUGCAAGACAUGCCUUAUGCUUACAUUCAUGAGUUCACAAGGACAUCAAUGGCUGGAAAAAUUCGGCGGUUCAAAGGAGGUUACAUGAGUCUCUGGAAGAAGUUGAGCGAACGGCUGCCAAUAGAAGUCUGUUGCAACACAGAAUGGGAAGACAUAUAG